UAGGCGAGCGUGCCUCUCGUUCUUACGGCAUCUUGUGGGGAUCACUGGUCGUUGUGAAUCCAUGAUAAUGAAUCACGCCGCUGUGUGCCUUGUGGCACUGGCGCUGUUCGGCAGCCUUUGCUCCGGAUACCAGAAGCCGGGUCAGACGCCCCACGAUCAGCAGCAGGCCAAGCAUUUGUUUGAGCAGCCGCUCACCUGGACCUACCCCGAAGGGCCUACGGUUGCGGUAGAGCAUGUGCCCGAUUUUGAGCAGAGGCACCCUGUCCCCGCAGCAACAGUCUCCGUGGAGUGCGGGGAGAGGCAAGCACGCGUGGAGGCCCAGGUGGACUUCUUUGGAAUAGGCCAGUUUAUCAAGCCCGACGAUCUCACCCUGGGUCCCUGUGGCGCAGUGGCUGAGGACACUCAAGCCCGUGUGCUCAUAUUCGAGACUGAGCUGCAAGACUGUGGCAGCAUGUUACGGAUGACAGAUGAUGCCCUUAUCUACACCUUUACUCUCAAUUAUAACCCCACCAGGCUGGGUGACUCCAUUAUUGUGAGGACCAAUGAAGCUGCUGUGAUUGUGGAAUGUCACUACCCAAGGCACCACAACGUGAGCAGCCUCCCUCUUGAGCCAAAUUGGAUACCGUUCUCCGCGGUCAGGGUUGCCGAGGAGUUCUUGUACUUCACUCUGACCCUGAGGACCGACGACUGGAUUCACGAGAGGCCCCGCUACCAGUACUAUCUGGGAGACAUGAUUCGUAUCGAGGCCUCUGUCAUGCAGUACCACCACGUGCCCCUCCGUGUUUUUGUGGAAACCUGCACAGCUACUCUCUCUCCCGAUAUGAACUCCAGCCCCAGAUACUGCUUCCUUGAUACUGGGUGUUUAAUCGACGCGGUUAUCACAGGCGCAGACUCCAGGUUCAUGCAACGCACAGUAGAGAACAUGCUUCAGUUCCAGUUUGAGGCCUUCCGGUUCCAGGGUGCUGACAGCGGGAUGCUGUACAUUACCUGCCACUUGAGAGCAACGUCGACAGGCCGCGACAUUGAUGCUGACCACAGGGCCUGCUCCUACAUCAACGGCUGGAGGGAGGCUAGUGGCGUGGAUUCUGCAUGCAGCACCUGUGGUACCGGUGGACACCAACAAACCACUGGAGGUGGAGGCACCGGCAGUGGGAACUGGAACACUGGCGGUGGUGGUGGCUCUCAAACAGGAGGUGGUAAAUGGAACACCGGCGGUGGCGGUGGCUCUCAAACAGGUGGAGGUACCUGGAACCCCGGUGGCGGUGGUGCCUCUCAAACAGGUGGCGGUAACUGGAACCCCGGUGGUGGCGGUGGUGGCUCUCAAACAGGCGGCAGCAAGCUACCAGGAGGCAAGCAAACCGGCGUUUUCUCAGGCACUUCCUGGGGCAGCGGUAGCUCUGGAAGUGCCACAGGAAGCACUACCUGGCACAGCAGCAGCAGUGUUCAAGCAGGUGACGGCCAGGCAGGCAAACAAUCCUGGAACCCCGGUGGCUCUCCCUGGAGCGGCGCAAGGAAGGGCCGUUCAGUGAAACAAGCCCAAGUUUAUGAAUGGAGAGGUGAUGUCACACUGGGUCCCUUCGAAAUUGCAGAAAAACUCGCUUAAAGUCAACAUCUGACCAUGGCGAUCGAAAAAUAAACAUUCUGAUUGGA